CGGACGUACCCGUUUAUGUUGUGUUUCUGGAAAGAAGGGGAGAAGGAGCCAACAAUACAUUUUUGUUUCAUUUAAUAUAGCACAAAAGUCUUAUGUACUCUUUCAUUUCGGUUGGUCAUUUCAUUAAUCAAAGGUAAUCAACAUACAGUUAAUUUAAUUUUUAGUCCAAACGAUUUAUUCUGUUAGAACAAAGAUGUCAAGAGGAUAGCCAUGAUUACUAAUGUUAACGCGUUAGCUAGCUAGAAAGGCGACCUGUCCCGUAAAGUUAGCUAGCCAGCUAACGUUUGCUAACUGGCUAGCUAGCUAUAAUGUCAGAAGAGUCAUGUACAUGUACGCACGAAUAAAGUAACUUUGGGGUUGUCUGUACAUCUAAUGCUAUUGAAUUUACGAAGCAGUGGCAGACAGAUCACCAAGAGCGAUGUAUACACAAGCUGCUGAGUCAUUAGCUAACCUAACUAGCUAGCAUGCUAGCCAGUUAGCCUAGCGUCCAGUGUUGUCUUUGGUGUUGUGCAAUGAAAACCAAGAGUGACGUUUGCUAACUAAGUUGCCUAACUAACAAAUAAAUAAAACCGGAACAUGGUUGACAAUGUAGAUAAUGCGUUAGAGACAUCUACAAGGCAACAGUGAUUUCCCCACAAAAGGUGAUGUGUUGUGGUAGCCAGUCAAAGUCACUUGUGUCUGUUGGGGAUUUUUUAUAACGUUAGCUACUGUAGCUAGCUAGCUAACGUUACUGUAGCCAAGCAUGCUAGCUAGUUACACUUUCCACAGGUUUUCCCAUUUCCCUACCAGAAAUAUUCUAGAUGUGGGAAGUGUAACGUUAGUUAACAAUUGUAGCUAUGUGUCUAGUUAGCUUUAAUCUUGAUGCUUUAUUCUGGAUGGUGUCAAGUUGUCGGUACUGUACUAAAUUAGACAACUAGCCAGAAAUUAAAUGGAAUGUUUUGUUUACUUUAUUUCUCAGAUUGCUGUAGCACCCACUUUGUAAAGUCCUGAAUUGAACCAAGUCAAGGAUCCUUCAUCUAUGGUUAGAAAAAUCUCUUUGAAAAAAUCUAACCAUGAGCUUCAGCUUUGAGGGAGAUUUCAAAACAAGACCCAAGGUGUCUCUUGGGGGAGCGAGUAAAAAGGUAAGCCCACUAUGAGAUUAACCUUACCUGCUGUAGAGUGAUGGCUACUCUACUAUUUCUAUAGCUAGCUAUAAGUUAGCAUAGGUAGCCGCUAGAUCCGGGAAAAAACUGGAAAAAUAUGUGUACUAAUCCACUGUUGGAUUUUCUGACAAUUUAUGUUGCACACCCUUGGCUGAACGCAGUUUGCAACAUCCUAAAUUGUCCAUAAAUCAGAAAAUGGUGUUUUAUUAAUACAGUACACAUUUUUCAAUGUUUUUCCCAGCGGCUCGCCAUUAAAGCUAGUUAAGGAGGAAAAUUAUACCUUUGCUGCCUGAAUGGAGGAUGCUUUAUGUAUGAGCCGGUCCACGGGGGACAUGAGUGUAUUACCGGGAAUGCACAUCAAUCCUAGACGAUAGUGCAGAUCUAGCAGCCACUAUUAUCUGCCUAGGCUAAGCUAGUGACUUAAUUUCUCUACUAGUCGUGUCAGGCUAAUAUACUUUGUCUUUCAGGAGGAAAAAGCAUCUCUCCUACACCGGACACAAGAGGAAAGGAGAAAAAGAGAGGUAGUCCUUUUGAUAUAAAAUCAUCCAGCUUUGUAUGUGAACCAAUCAUUAUUUACUUUCGCUGUGUAUUUAUUUACUUGACUCUGUUUUUCAACUUCAAUAAGGAUGAAAGACGAAGAUUGAAGAAUGCAAUUAUCAUUCAAUCCUAUAUACGAGGAUACCAUGACCGAAAACAGCAAGUAUGUCAACUAUUAUGAACAAGCUCACAGACAUUAGACAACACCCAUUCUUGGGUUUCAAUGCCAUUCCCUUCCACACUCCCUUAUCUUGCCAGCAAUCCCUUUUCCACAACCUUUUAUUGCUGCUGGCAAUGUUGAUAGAUACUUCAUUGUGUACAAUAUCAAGGGAUCAUCCCUAUAACUGUCUGUGUUUGACCUCUGACCCUGGUGUUUUCUAGUAUGCCAUCCAGAGGGGCAACUUUGACCGCUGCGUCUGCCAGGCACAGUCAGAAGGCGGACCGCCAAUCUCCGACGCUGCCAGUCUCAGUCUCUUAACAAGGCAACUGCUAUUUUUCUACAGACAGAGUGAGGACUCUCAGAGAUUGGUGAGGACCAAUGGUUUUCGGGCAAAAGUGUUGUUGAACUAAUGAAAAACUUGUGUAAAAAUGUGAUGUCUAAAUGCUAAAAUGACUAAAAUGUACAUCUUGCGUGUGGGAACAUGAUACAACAUUUCUGUCUGUGUCUCCGUAGAUAUGGAUUUGUCAGAACCUAGUGAAACACAAUGGGCAGUUUGUGAAGCUGCUGCUGGGGUCCGAGAGACAGACGUGUGUGUUUCAGAUUAAGAGGGUCCUUGGCUUCUGCUGCAGGUAAUGGGGCCUACACCUAUUCUUCAUGAAUGUGCUCUGGGAUUAAGUUUCCCCUUGGUACAGAUCUAGGAUCAGCUUCCCCUCUUCCAAUCCUAACCUUAACCAUUAGUGGAAAAAAACACAAAACUGACCCAAGAUCAGCUUCUAGGGGCAACUUCACUCUACAUCCAUUGGCAAACAAAUCGAUGAAGUAUAUUACACCACCUUAACACCCUCUGUCCAUCUCUCUCCAAGACUUCUGCAAACCUGCAAGGAUGACAGUUUGAAUGUUGCCGUUCCCAUGAGGAUGCUGGAGAUCUAUUCCUCCGAGAGAACCUAUCUUCCUGUCCUUCAAGACGUUAAUUGUGUAGCGUCGUUAAUCGAGCAAAUUUUGCACUAUAUGGUACAGAAAGGUAAAUAUUGUGAUGAUAUCUGUGGAAGUGCACUAUAACAUUUUAUUUGGUUAAUGCAAAUUUUCAAGCCCCAUUGAAUUUGACAUCUUGCAUCAGCUCUCUUUCUUUUUCUCUGACUCUUUGUCUCUCAGGGUACUACAGGUCGCUUUAUAUUCUAGUGAAUCACAAGCUCCCUUCCAGUCUGGAGUACAGUGACGCGCCCUCUGGAGCACACGCUAUCCCCUUGGCAAGCACACUGCUGGAGCACACGCUGAAGCCCCUGCACUUUACCUAUUCCUCCUGCACAACAGGCGCAAGGUAUAACACUCUGGGGUGAAGUUUUCCCUAGGUACAGAUCAGCUUCCCAUCCCCCAAUCCUAACCUUAACCAUUAGUGGGGGGGGGGAAAAUAAAAAAAUCAACUUUACCCUACUAUAACAGCAGCCGUAGCGUCUGUAAAACCAAAACACGCACACACAAAUGAACAACCCUAAAACUAACCAGAACACACACAGAGAGAGAAGGCCCUUUGUGCUAAAGUCAGACCCCUUAAAAGUUUCACCUCCAACAUAUGAAAACCCCCUCACACACAAAGUGUCUCGGCAUCAGCGACUGCUGAGCAUGUGGGAAAGAGCACAGUGAGAAGCCACGAGUGGAAUGCCUUUGUUUGUGGCGUAUGCUGUUAAGAUUGUGCAGUAAACCGAUAAUGUAAACUUUGGGCAUUUGUUUGUCCUUUUGAGUCGGCGGAGACACUGUAAUUGCUUCACCAACCUGUUUACGAGCAAUAAAACUGACCCAGACUCGGAGUACAGAAUAUUGACUAGUUGCACUCAAUUUGAAACAUUCUUAAUGACAAACGAGGGGGGCGUUCUUUUGUUUUUGAAGAAAAGCAGAGGCUGGGUGUGAGGAAGUUGUGUACACACUCACUCCAACGGCUAAUUAUCUGACCGGGGCCACCAGAUGUGAGUGACUCAGUAAAAACUGCUCUGUUUGACAAGACAAUAUUGGGGCACUCACAGAGCUGAAAGGAGGAGGCACCUACUCUCUCAAUCACUCUAUUGUCCCUGUUUGGGGAAUGAGUUUAAAGAAUAACUACUCAAAAACGGUAUUUUGGCACUGUACGGAAAGUGCUCCAUCUUGAAAACUUGACUGCUGACUUUUUGGAGAUUGGUAUUAACAGUGUGAACAAAAUACUUAAAGAUUGAAACUGAAAGUUAUCCCUUUUAAAAGCAAAGCCUUUGUGGAAUCUAAGCAGUUCAUAUGUUUAUUCGUCAUAGUGUAACAUAUUUGUACAUUUUGAUUUGUGAUCAAUAGCUUAAUCCAAUGUCAUUAUCAUGUAUGUAGUGAACAUUUAAAACCAACUAAUCCAUUUUACAGUGUGGAGAAUGUAAUGUAAUGACAAUCAAUUUCUCUCCCUCCCUCCCUCCCUCCCUCUCUGGUUCCACAGGCAGUAUGUGUUUGCAGCCUUCACGGAGGAGUUCAUCUCGGCGCCAUUCACGGAGCAGAUCUUUCACUUCUUUAUUCCGGCGCUGUCCGACCCGCGCCUCCACUUCCCCUUCGAGGCCUUCCUGGGCUCCCUGCAGGCCACCGUAGUCUCCUCUGCAGCGGCGCAGAAACAGGCGCCGUGGCUCUUCUACUUUGUCCUCUCGGCCGGGGAGACCUGCCUAGGUAAGUGUCAGGGAUACGCUUUGGAUGCGUCCAAAAUGGCACCCUAUUCCCAUAGGGCUCUGUGUAACGUAGUGCACUAUGUAGGUAAUAGGGUGCCAUUUGGGACACAGGCUUUGUGUCCAGUGUGUGGGGAAUUGUACUCUUGUGUACCAGAAGAUACUGACAGAGGAUUUGGAGGGAAUGACCAGAAUUUUUUUUGAUGGUGAUAGGAAGUGUUUGUAGUAAUGCGUGUGUGUGUGCAGGUUCCCUAUCAGAGGAGGGCCUCCACCUGUACCUGCGAGCUCUGCAGACCCUCCUACCUCUCCUCCCCGUGUCAGAGAGCACCAGCAGGCCGGAGAUAAUCAGUGACUCAGAGGACGAGGAGGACACUAACAUCCAGGCUCCGUCCACACAGGUAGCUAGCUAACACACACACACCACUAAACACUGGUGGAACACACACACACCACUAAUGUGUCAAUACAGGUAACACACUGAAAUCCAGGGAUAGUACUCUGCAGGUUACAGGUAAUGCAUAUAGUUCAGAAUGCCCUUCUACUUCACAGGCAACACUUUCAAAUGAAAACGGCUAACAUCUGAUUAGAGGUAUUUCACACGAGUAGCAGACCACAGCCUUAUCCACACUGCCCCUAGGCACCUCACUAUAAACACCUGGGCCCGUAUUCAUAAAGCGUCUCAGAGUAGGAGGGCUGAUCUGGUCCGCGACCUGGCCAAACGAUCUGCUCCAUUAUGAUCGAAAUGGCAGAACUGAUCCUAGAUCCUACUGACGCUUUAUGAAUACAGGCCCUGCUAUUCUUACUGAAACAACUCACUCAAACCUAUUCCGUGUGUUCUCGAUCGUUCCAGCACGACAGUUAUCGGAUAUCGGUGCAGCUGAUCACGGAGGAAUGCGUCCACAAGCUGGACACCAAGCAGCAGACCAACGCGCUGCUCAACCUGGUGUGGAGGGACUCUGCCAGCGAAGAGGUCUUCACCAUGAUGGCCUCCAUUUGCCACACACUCAUGGUGCAGCACCGCAUGAUGGUGCCCAAAGUCAGGUCAGUGUUCUACAUCGGAUCCAGUUACAAUGCAUGCGUCCCAAAUGGCACCCUUUUCCCUAUAUAGUGCACUCCUUUUGACCAGAGCCCUACAGGCCUUGGUCAAAGUAGUGCACUAUAAAGGGAAUAGAGUGCCACACCUAAGGUUUUACAUGUAUCUACGGUGCUAGAAUAACCACUUUUUGUUUUAUCCUCGCAUUUAGUAGUUUCAAAACUUUUAUUUCGCUACAAUUUUAAUGAAUAUUUAGUCUAUUAAGUCAUUUUACAGGAACUUUAUGUGAAGCCUUUUUUUAUAUAUUUUUUGACAUCAUGAAAAUUGGUGUUCAGAAUCAGCAUUUAGUUUAAAGUUGUAAGCAACUAAUGUGAAUCGCGAUGAAGAAGCACAGCCGUUAUCUGUCGUCUUCGCCCGAGUGGCGUUUACAACCGGUGGAGGAAGUACUAGGAUGUCAGGGAAGCUCUGAAGCUGUCACUCCUCGAUUAGGGUAAUUAGCGCUGGACUGGCUGAUUGGGUUGAUUGUAUAAGGGCAGGAUGUGAGAGGGGGAGAUGGCUGCUGCCGUGGCUGAACGAGGGGCUCUUCCCUGGGCUUUAUGGCACAUACAGAGGGUCUCUCAGUCUCAAACCCUCUGGUUAAUAGUUAGUAGAGCCAAUGGAAGACACUACCUGUCCGUACUGUGGGGAUGAGAGAGUGAGCGUGUUAUUUCAGUCUUAUCAUUACUGAUGCGUUGUUCUCACCUUUUACAGGGUGGGCAACAAUAAAGGUGACUAUUGUUUAGGGCUGGAGAGUUACCUUGGUCGUAUUCACUAGAAAGCAAACAGGCUGGAACGGGAGAAAGUCUACCUGAAUUUGUCCAAUAAUAAACCCUUGUCUUCGUUGCAAAAUGUUUUAAGUUGCAAAAAUGUUUGAUGGUUAGCAAUGGUGUGCACCAGUGGCGGUCAGUGCCGUUUUAAGAUGAGGGAGGACGAUAUUAUUUUCAUGAGCAUGGCCUUAUUUCUAUUACAGCAUAUUGGAUGACUCUCAUUCAUAUUCCAUUCACCCAGUUCAAUGUAAUAGCAAUAGGUUUAGGCUACUACAUGAUACUCAAAUUAUCCCUGUACCCAUCAUGAGGUUGCUACAACCUAGCCUAUGAAUGAAAGUUUACAACGUAGGUGCACACAGGUCGAGAGCCAAAUUUGAGCCGACAGUGACAUUCAAUACCGCCUUGCACACUCUUGCCUGCAUCUAUUUGAUAUAGGGGUGUAAUCAUUAGUCUAACAGUUGCAAACGAGAGUUUCUAUUGGACAAAUUCAGGUAUGUUUAUCCCUGUUUUGUUCCGUUUGCUUCUGUUUAAGAAACUUUUUCAACAGAAUCGGCGGAAUGAAUACACCCCUGAAUACGCAUAAACACAGUUCACUUUCAUAGCAGCCAUGUUGUAUUCCUUCUAUGCACUCUCCUCCUCUCACCUUGUCCCUUCGCUUGUGGACUUCAAUGCACAACACAUCAGCUGUAUGUGACCAGGCGAAAAAACCUUUCCAAGCCAAACCGCUACACACAGCCUACAUCAUUGUCACCAUAUUAGCUAAAGUAACAUAGCUAAUAGAACUAACGCGUUAGUAAACCCGCUACAAUCAUGCAGUAACGUUAGUGUACAGUCAGUAAGCAGUUACACCGGCGGGCCCCGGUGGCAAUAAAUGAGUAAUACCAAAAGCAUACCUUGACUUGGAAGAGUUCCAGUGUUGUGUUGGAAAGUCAUAGCCAGCUAGCUAACAUAGCAUCCCUCUGUUUGAGCAGGGUGUUUCAGUAGGCUAAACUAACUAGCUGCAUUUGCUAGCUAAGUGAAACUGAAAGUUUAAAAAAAGAAGAAAUUAAUUUGUUAAACUGUUAAACUAUUGUAUUUUUCUCUCUGAGUCAACUACUCACCACAUUUUACAUACUGCAGUGCUAGCUAGCUGUAGCUUAUGCUUCAGUACUAGAUUAAUUAUCUGAUCCUUUGAUUGGGUGGACAACGUGUCAGUUCAUGCUGCCACAGCUCUGAUAGGCUGGAGGACGUCCUCCAGAAGUUGUCAUAAUUACUGUGUAAUUCUAUGGAAGGGGGUGAGAACCAUGAGCCUCCUAGGUUUUGUCCAAUGUACCCAGAGGAUGACGGAAGCUAGCUGUCUUCCGGCUACACCAUGGUGCUAUCCUACAGAGUGCUGUUGAGGCUACUGUAGACCUUCUUUGCAAAAUAGUGUGUUUUAAUCAAUGAUUUGGUAACGUGAUUAUAUUUAGUGUAGUUUUAUCUAAAAAAUGAUUACUUAUUUAAUGUUUUACAAUUACAAUUUUUAUGAAAUUCACUGAGGAGGAUGGUCCUCCCCUUCCUCCUCUGAGGAGCCUCCACUGUUGUGCACUAAGGAAUACAAUCCUGUCUGAUCUCAUGCUAGACUUGAUUCAGGCAACAUUCAAGCUAACCUUUAGAACACAAAUGUCUCCCAAAAACGACACUAGAGAAGAUGCAUUGAUUUGCUUACCAAAUCAGUUGGUGGAAUAGGCCUAGAAUCCUCCUCCCUAAGUAUUUUCUCUCAUUUUUACAGCUUCCUUUCGUCCAACUGAUUUUACCAUAAAUCUUACCUCUUGUCCUCAAUCAUUAUCGGAUAUCUGUACAAAAUAAUUAGCUCACUGAGGAAGAUUAAUUAGUGGCGAAGUGGAUGGGAUAGCUUUACAAGAGGCUAAAGGGAGCAGAUUGCAUCCCGGGCCUGAUUUACUGCGUUUAAAAAAAGAGCUAGUCUGCUCAGCCGGCCCUCCCGUCUCCCACCUCCUGUUCGACGGCCAGCCCAGCGCAAUGCCUUGAAUAAAUAUGUAUCUCGUAAAAAUGCACCUACCUUUUUCUUUGCUUCCUUCUUAUUAGAGCUCUUCAAUUCAAUUUUGGUAGUUCACACCGGUUUGGUUUUGGUAGCGAUAAUCUUUGUCUUUGGUGUUGGUAGGCUAAAUGGGUGUAAUUUCAAGUUAAUUGUUUAAUGUUUGGUAUUUGGUGUAAUUUCACUUUGAUUGUUAUUUAGCCUUGGCCUGAGGUGGCUCUGUCGCUAACUGAUGGUCACUGACAACUGUAAGUGCUAGCAAGCCUCUGUCCUUAAUUUGUUUUUGAGCGAUUGCUGUGAUUGUGGAGUUUACAUGCGAUAAUGACGCUCGGGCAUUAAGAACACAAACUCUUUCUGCCACUGGCACUAACUCACAGGCCUUUAUGAAUUAAGCUAGUUUCACAUAAAUAAAGGCGAUUAUUAAUUUGGCCGCGAUUGAAAUAUAAAGGUAAUUUUCGAUUGAGCUGACAUAUGCAGCGUUUACCGUGAAUGCAACCUCCGCUAAUGCAGGAACAUUACAUUUCUAUUGCACUGUAGCGCAGCUCUUCAGCGCUACAGAUUGAAUCCAGCUUUUUCCCUUUUUAUUUAGCCUAGUUUUCUAUUUUUCUGCGAACAUACGUAAAUUCUUGCAUUAUGUCUACAUAAAAUAAUCUGUUUUGGCCAUCAAGGUAAUUGUUAUGGACACACACACAGACACACGCAACCCCUUUUGAUGUCUGUGAUUGUGUUUAUUAGUGCCUUCAUUCCGUGAUUGAAGGGGAGCUUUGGCUUCUAGCAGGCUGUAUAUCAGGCUGUCAGUCAGCAUUUUAUUGCUUUGUUGCCCAUUUCAAUCAAACACCCGGCCGCACACUGUAAAGGCCCAGAGCACUAUGCCAUACCCGGCUCCCGUCCUCCUCUUGUACUGACGGAUGGGGGGCCUUGGCAGAAACUAUUUAUCAAACAUAUAAAGAGUUGUCACUCGUUUUACCCCCCAGAAGGAUCAUUUUAAUUUUCUGCCUUUCAAAUCAUCUCUGCUGCUCAAUGGUGAACGUGUGUGUGUGCCCCAAAUGGCACCCUAUUUCCUAUAUAGUACACAACUUUUGACCAGAGCCCAAUGGGCCAUGGUUAAAAGUAGUACACUAUAUAGGGAAUAGGGUGCCAUUUGGGACGUACACAUAGAUAUUGGAGGCCGACACCAACAUUAGUUUAUUUAUGUGAGAUUCCAUCCACUUCCCAAUCCCUGUCUGUGUUCUGUCAAUCAGCUUUAAAACCAUAUUUCUCAGUUUAUUUUCUCUUUCAUGAGUUACAGUUCUUUGUCUCCUGAGUGGCGCAGUGGUCUAAGGCGCCGCAUCGCAGUGCUAACUGUGCCACUAGAGAUCCUGGUUCGAAUCCAGGCUCUGUCGCAGCCGGCCGCGACCGGGAGACUCAUGGGAGGCGCAUAAUUGGCCCAGCGUCGUCCAGGGUAGGGGAGGGAAUGGCCGGCAGGGAUGUAGCUCAGUUGAUAGAGCAUGGCGUUUGCAACGCCAGGGUUGUGGGUUCGAUUCCCACGGGGGGCCAGUAUAAAAAAUAUAUAUAUAUGUAUUCACUAACUGUAAGUCGCUCUGGAUAAGAGCGUCUGCUAAAUGACUAAAAUGUAAAUGUAAAUGUAAUUCAGAAAUUAGUUUUGCAUCAUCUCUUGUUUUGUUGCUUUUUUUCUUAAAAAUAUAAUGUCUUUAUUCCACAUUUUAAUAGGCUAUUUUUUUUUGUUGUUGGUUAUAUUUUAAUAGUUGUUUGGGGUCAAAAAGAGGUGAUUAACAUAAAUACAAUACAUUACGUCAACCUUUACCUCUCAACAUGUGAAUAGAAGGAGAUUGCCUGCCCUUAACAGGCUUCCUUAUAGGUGACAAUACCGUAUCUCUUUAGACAGAGGCCCAUUAUAAGCCAGGGGCUUUUAUUUUGUUUUAAACUGAAUUACUGCAUUAGUGUUACCUGGUGUUAAAGAAACACACACACAAUCUAGCAGGAACGAUCUAAAGGAGCGCGCACACACUUGAACAAAGAGCACCUUCACACCCGGGUGCCAUGGGCCGUUAGUUAGGCUGGCCGGAGUGUCGGGAUGAGGACUCAGUGGCUGCGUUCCAAAUGGCACCCUAUUCCCUACAUAGUGGGCUACUUUUGACCAGGGCCCAUAGGGCACUAUAGAGAAUAGGUUGCCAUCGGGAUGCAGCCAGUGGCUCACCCACCCCCUCCCUCCUUCCUUCUCCAGUGUUUUCAUGUAAUUUGGGGAGAGUGUGGAAGCAUGCUGGCGCUCCGAGGUCAUUGUGAGGGCUAUGCCCCCCCCCCCCCUUCUCCUCUAUUGUCCCCCUGUUGCCAUUAAGUUAAAUGGGGCUCCUACAGGAAGCCAGAGGGCCUGUUUAUGACCCAGGGCCGAGCUCCUCCUUGCCAGCAACUAGUUUACUAAUGGAAGGUGCCUCGUCUAAAUAAAGCUUAAUGGGACGUUUAAUCUUUUUUCGUCGCGGAGAAUGAAGUGGGAGAGAAAGGGCCAAGAAAGAAAAUUCCUGGGGGAUGCUGCUGUUCAACAGCUUUUAUUAGUAUUUUUCCCUCUUUAUUUGUGUCCUCUGGUUAAUUGGCCAAUGUUAACGAUCUCCGCCUUGGAGGGCAUCGAGGCAGAGAGCGAUGUAUACGUUUACUGACAGACAAGUACAUUGUCAACCCUUUUGGCAUAUGUAUCUUUUUAGCUCUGUUUUUAGGCCUAUGUCUUUUUAUUUUGUCCCCUCCAGGCUUCUGUACAGUUUAGCGUUCAACGCACGUUUCCUGAGACAUCUCUGGCACCUGAUACAGUCCAUGACUACCAAAAUGAUCACAGGGUGAGUUGAUUGAAUGUCGUUCAGGGGCUGUAUGUAUCAAGUGUCUCGGUUUAGGAGUGCUGAUCUAGGAUCAGGUCCUCCCUGUCCAUGUAAUCUUAUUCAUUGUGAUCUAAAAGGCCAAACUGAUCCUAAAUCAGAACUCCUGCUUUGAGACACUUGAUAUAUGCAUCCCUGAACACAGUGAUGGACCUUGAUGGGCUCUCGGCGUAUGUAAGUCAAUUCAAUGUGCCCCAUUGGCAUAAAUUCACAGGUAAAUAUAGUGAGUCUCUCUUCUUCUCUCCUCCCAGGUCCAUGGUUCCGCUGCUGCAGGUCAUCUCCCGGGGGUCUCCCAUGUCUCUGGAAGACUCCAAUCGCAUCAUCCCCCUCUUCUAUCUCUUCAGUUCCCUCUUCAGUCACUCGCUCAUCUCCGUGCACGACAGCGAGUUCUUUGGCUACCCCAUGGAAGGUCAUGGUAGGCCACUCCCUCCUUCCACAUUGUAGCUCCAAGCUUGCAUCCCAAAUGGCAUCAUAUUCCCUAUGUACUACUUUUGACCAAUGCCCACAGAGUGCCAUUUGGGACACAGCCCUAGUCUCAAAAUCACCUGCCUCUUGUUUUGAAUCAGUGUGAAGCUGACAUUGCAUUUUACUUUGAAUUUAAAGGCUUCUACACAUGUACACUGAGUGUACAAAUCAUUUAAGGACACCUUCCUAAUAUUGAGUUGCACCCCCUUUUGCCCUCAGAACAGCCUCAAUUCGUUGGGGCAUGGACUCUACAAGGUGUCCAAAGUGUUCCACAGGGAUGCUGGCCCAUGUUGACUCCAAUGCUUCCCACAGUUGUCAAGUUGGCUGGAUGUCCAUUGGUUGGUGGACCAUUCUUGAUACACACGGGAAAUUGUUGAGCGUGAAAAACCCAGCAGCAUUGCAGUUCUUGACACAAACCGGCGCACCUGGCACCUACUACCAUACCUCGUUCAAAGGCACUUAAAUAUUGUCUUGCCCAUUCACCCUCUGAAUGGCACUCAUACACAAUCCAUGUCUCAAUUGUCUCAAAGCUUAAAAAUCCUUCUUUAACUGAAGCGGAUCAAUAAGGGAUCAUAGGUUCAACCUGGAUUCACCUGGUCAGUUUAUGUCAUGGAAAGUUAGUGUAUUUGUAUCCAGAUGGAUAGUCUCACUAAUUUUCCACUACACCACAUUGUUCCUGCACAACAUCCUUCCCUGUGGGUAAUAUUCAGUGGGCAACAUCAGUAAGAGAUGUAGGGUCUCAUUUUCCCCUGGCAAAGACAGCUGUGCUGUGAACUAACACACAGGGAACAUUCUAAAUAACGGGAGCUACGAUACUUUACCUCACGAUUGCAUUGUGUGUGGUGUGUAAAUCACGCUUUUUACCAAAUCUCCGGUUGAACUAAAGUUUUUUCUCAUGGAAAUUGGAACAAAAGUUGUGCUGCAUAAUUAUAAUAUAACUUAGUGCUUUAGCUCACAGUGCAGUUGUCUUUGAGAGAGGAAAACGUUGCCUGCAUUGUGUUCAAUGGCUGAGUGGUUGUGAACAACCAUCCAUUUCUCCGUCCACCCAUUUUCAGGCCACAGCAAUACGUCCAUGAUGCCGUUCACAUUGUCCGAGCUGGUGACCUUGUCUCGGUUACUAAGGGACGCGUGUCUGGGCAUUAUCAAGCUGGCCUACCCAGAAACCAAGACGGAGCACCGCGAGGAGUACAUGGCCGCCUUCCGCAGCGUGGGCGUCAAGACCAACACAGAGGUGCAGCAGCGCAUCCAGGCCGAGCAGAAACGUUGGGUCCAGCUAUUCAAGGUGAAUGCCCACCCAUCGCCCCAGCAUGGUCAGGGUCGUAUUCAUUAGUCACACUGUAGCAAAAUGUUUUGCAACGGGAAACGCAAAUAAGCUAUUCUUAUUGGACAAGUUCAGGUAGUCCCUCCGCUUUUUGACCCAUUUGGUUCCGUUUUGCUCCUAGUGAAUGCGACCCAGGCAAUGGCUCCACAUCUAAUUGAGGGAUUUGAUAGGGUCCUAUGUUUGCAAAAUAGUUCCGAAAACUUGUUUCAUCAUCCAACAUUUAGAUGCCUCCCAACUGGCUUGAGUCCUCACUCUCACAGAGGCACCUGUAACGGAUUUGGAAAUGGUUACAUGCUAGUGUAUUCAGUGUCCUCUUGAAAGCCCUCUUUAAAAGUACAAUGCAGCCGUUUUUAUCUCACUAUCCAAUAAUUUCUGGGUAACAAUUAAGUACCUUACUGUGAUUGUAAAAUGGUCAAAAUGGUCAAAAUGAAGCAAGAGUUAGGACUGUCUGGGAGUGGGUCUUAGCGGGGAUGGGAAAAACUGAAAACUAGCUGUUAUUGGCAAAGGGGUUUGUAACUUCUUAUUGGUCUAUUAACUAAUUUACCGCAUAGUGAUGUCACCAUGGAAAGCCAAAACUCCAUCCCACCAAAACAGCCUGAAGUUUCAGGGGGUCUUUUCAAACAGCUCUUACACUAAAAGGGCAUUAUCAUCAUUUUCACAAUUUCAAAGUAUUAUUCCAACCUCAUAGUGUUGAAAUAUAUAUAACACACAGGAAAACCACGUUUUUGACUAUACUGUGCCUUUUUAAAUAGUCUUAUUUUGACUUCGGUUUCUCUCAUAGCAUUUACAAAAAUGUGUCAAUCAGCAAAAUGUUGUUAGUGAGGAGAAACAGAGCAUGCAUGGAUAGAUUCACACCAGGCAGCGCAUAGGGGGUUGAAUGAGGACAUUAAUUGGCUGUUUACUUAAAGGAAAUGAGCCAGAUAACAACAUUAGGUUAAUUCUCCACUCGUCAGGCCUCUCUCGCUCUCGUCUUUACCUCCCUCUUCUUCCCUCUAGCCUCCUCCUCUCCCUCUGUUCUCCCUUUCUCUCUCUUUCCCUGAAACGGUAAUUAAGCAACUUUGUUCUUGGCUUUGAAUUUGAGAGAGGGACUCGAAGGUGAGCGACGCUUUCUUUCAGCCGAGGUGUUGUGCGUGUACGAAUGCGGCAGGAAUUUCAGAACAGACCGAGGAGCGCAAACACCGUCAGCUAAAACGACCCAUUAAAGAAGUGGGAGAGCAGGGGAAAGGCAUUUUCCAAAUUGAACGGGGCUGGAUUUAUAGUGGCUUUAACGCGGCUGACCCCCUAACACGCUAAUGUUUGGUUCGAGUCAUCAGCCGUCCCUCGCCCAUCUUUUAUCAGCCCCAUUGUUGAGCUAUCUAUAUAAUUGAAAGAAGUUAAUUUAAUGAAAAUGAUCAACUAAGCUUGUAUUAAUAUUGCUAAUGGACUUUCUCUUCUUGGCCAUGUUUGGAGAGGGAUGUCAUGGUGGAGUUUGGGAGAGGCCCAUUAAGGCGUGCACUUAACCCGAUGGGCUAAUUAAGGAAUGCUUAUUCAUUCCUCCUGAGUAGGGGGUAAGUCUCUCUCCGAGCCCAUCGUCCGCACCACCAACAGCGUUUUGCACUCCCCAUUAUUAGUGUGAAUACCGACUCCAGUUGCCGCUGAUGACUGCCCGAGAUUGAUCGCGUCCCGUAUGAAAACGUUGUGUGUUAAAAAUAAAAUGUCCAUUCAAACGAUGUUGCCUGCUUACGUGUCUGAAUACUCCUCCUAGCUAGUGCCGGUAAUGACUGUGGAGUGAGAUUAUGGAAAUGAUCAAUACAGACGUGACAAGUUCAGUCUUUACAGUGAAGUAAUUAUCAACUUCUAUCAAACAUUCAUAUCUGAACACUGCACACAGUAAGACAUGGUAGAGGAGGUAACAAAUCCAUGUUUUUCGCAGGACAGUACAGGAUUUUAUUUUUAGGACAGGACAGUACAAGAUGGACUUUUAUUGUUAUUGACCGUACUGGACAGGAAUAAAACUUAGGAUUUAAUAUUCACUUGUCACCCUCUACUGCACAGGAAGAUAUGGGAUAUCCCAACAAUUCUCACCCUGACCCUAACUCACAGUACAACACAGAAUUACACCAGUCAAUAUUUUGCUCUCCGUCUCGUGGCUGAUGUCAGCAGACUGGACAGACUAGCCCAUAAUGAACCCUGGCGCUGGACAUGGAGGGACGACCCCAUCCAUUCCUCUUUUAUACCAUCGUUAUGGCACGCUAAUGGCUCAACUCGCACAUCGUUUUUUUUAAGAGGAAGCAGCUUAUUGUCGAGCCUCCACACGAAUAGAUUUGUUUGUUUGCAAAUAAUCUAUGUUAAACUGACUUAUGACAUUAAAAUUACAUGUAUGUGACGUUUGGUUUCACUUCUGUAUUUUGUUGCACUUUCCCUUAUGCAUUACAUAACCAAAACAUUUAAAUUAGUUUUUUAUAUUAAGUACAGAGACUGAGAGAGAAGAGAGGGAGUGGUUUGUUCUCUGAGAGUAUGUGACUUUUUUAUUUGUAUUGUUUAUUGCUCAUAAUUUUUUGCAGGUCAUCACUAACUUGGUAAAGAUGGUGAAGGCUCGUGACAUCAGACGACCAUUCUGUCCAGCAGGCCAUUGGCUCUCUGAAGAGGUCAACAUCAGAGCAGAUAAGGUAACUGUGGGUAACCGUGCUCUCGGCCAUUAGAUCAGACUCAUUGCCCUUAAUGAGUUUAUCAGGAUUAUCACUAAUAUGUUUUACUCUAACACUUCACUAACACUUCAUUUGAACGAUCCACCUUUAUGACUGCAUACAAGUGCCCAUGAACACCGCUUAGUUUAUAUACGUUAUAACAACUUAAUGACAUCUAUGGGAUGCGUGCAAUGUUGUCAUGAACUGUGCUACUGACAUGUAUAUUCAGGAGUAUUAAGAUGGAUAGAAUACGAUAACUUUAUUGUCCAAUUACAUGGACAUAAAUUGUGUGAGGUCAGCAUACAAAAUACACUAAAACAUUACAUUUAUAAUACAUGCAAUACAAAAGAUACUGGGAAGUGAGCAUACACAUUCACAUAGUCCCUGUGGCAUACUGUCAGGCCAUGUAUUGGGUCUACGUUAUGUCCUAUGUAGGAUGUUGUUAGUAUAGUCAUGCUGACUGGAGCUGCUCUUCCCCCUCCAGGUGACCCAGUUAUACGUCCCUUCAGCCAGAAACGUGUGGAGGACGCGGAGGAUGGGACGCAUCGGGCCCCUGCAGUCCACACUGGAUGGUACGAUACAAUAUAGUAGCCCCAAAAACAAGUUCCUGUUAUGCAUUAACAAAGACGGUGGGAAACCCUGUGCAUACCCAGCUAGUGUUAGCAGUGUGGCGGAAGUGUGUCAUGUUUUCCUAUGGGAAACGCAAACAGUUCCCUGUCUUAGUAAUACGUGCCUUUGGCAUUAACCAACCACUGGUGGUCGUCACAGAUUUUAGAAGUGCAGUGGAACACCCUAAUUGGGGUGCAGGGAACACUGUGUGACCUCUGGUAAAUUAAGCUCUUAGGUCAGCCCAGCUGUAAUCUUAGGUUUGUUAUUUUCCUUCGAGUCACUCCCAAUGCCCAAGUGAAGAGCCAGGGAGGGCAAUGGGCCGAGAGACAGCCAGGCUCUUAUGCCCUUUCAUUUAGAGCAGCAUCGUGGGCCUCCGGCAGCGAGCAGAUAGAGCUGAUGUGAAAACAAACAGAUAAUAAUGUGUGUAUGAUCUGCUUAAUGCCACUCCAUCUAGCCCCGAUACAGGAUCAAUUCAAUUAGCAUGAGAGUCCUGGUGAGCUCAGCCACAUCUGACUGUAUGUUUGUAAGCCCUUUCUUCAUUUCCUUAAAUGGACAGGCCCUCGGGUGAUGAAUGGCCAACGUAUUGACCACCCCCGGGCCAUAUUUCUCCUCAAAGAUGGAAACCUGAUGGGCGAAAUGCAGAUGGGAUUGACUAAUUGAGCAGAAGAAUUGAGCUCUAAGGGAGACAAUGUAGGGAGAAUGGCGGUUUAACUUUGCUGUUGUGGCAGUUUCUGGUUCUAAACGGUUCCGAACGGCGAGUUUAAUACAAAAACAAACGUCCGCUUAAUGGAAACGGCCGGACAUGUUGGACGGGCAGCUCAGUAAUUAAAAGUGUGUGUUAGAGAGGGAGGGGUUGAGGCAGGAUUGAGCACUCUGUAAUGGGCUGCCUGUAAACAGUCAACUGGGUGGAGAGAGGGCCUAGCGGGUUAGUAGUCAGGGAGGGAGUAGGGCUAGCAGGCGUGCAGGAUCGGGGGUAACUGUGGAGAAAUUGAAUGAUUGUGUUAUCGGGGUUUGGCUCGCUCCAUGAAGACGUGUCUGGGUUUUCUGUUCAGUGUCUGUCAUUAGGGAGAUGCCGCUCAGGAGUGUGGGGUUUAGAUUCUGGUAGUGGGAUAUAGAAACCUCUGUGCAGCCUGGUUGAACAUUUACCAGAGUGCUGUCUCAGCAUCUAUCCACACUGUGUGGUCAUGGGAACCCUACAUGGAGCUGCAUUGGGCUUUUAUGAAUGGAUGGAUGGAUGGAUGAAUGAAUUAGAGCUGGAUGGAUGGAUAGAUACCUAGAUGGAAGAUCAGAUUGAUGAAUUGGUAGGAUAGUGUGGAUAGAUGGGUCAAUUGAAGAAGUGACGAUGGAUGGAUACAGUGAGGGGGAAAAAGCAUUUCAUCCCCUGCUGAUUUUCUACGUUUGCCCACUGACAAAGACAUGAUCAGUCUAUAAUUUUAAUGGUAGGUUUAUUUGAACAGUGAGAGACAGAAUAACAACCAAAAACAUCCAGAAAAACAUGUCAAAUGUUAUAAAUUGAUUUGCAUUUUAAUGAGGGAAAUAAGUAUUUGACCCCUCUGCAAAACAAGACUUAGUACUUGGUGGCAAAACCCUUGUUGGCAAUCACAGAGGUCAGACGUUUCUUGUAGUUGGCCACCAGGUUUGCACACAUCUCAGGAGGGAUUUUGUCCCACUCCUCUUUGCAGAUCUUCUCCAAGUCAUUAAGGUUUCGAGCCUGACGUUUGGCAACUCGAACCUUCAGCUCCCUCCACAGAUUUUCUAUGGGAUUAAUGUCUGGAGUCUGGCUAGACCACUCCAGGACCUUAAUGUGCUUAUUCUUGAGCCACUCCUUUGUUGCCUUGGCCGUGUGUUUUGGGUCAUUGUCAUGCUGGAAUGCCCAUCCACGACCCAUUUUCAAUGCCCUGGCUGAGGGAAGGAGGUUCUCACCCAAGAUUUGACGGUACAUGGCCCUGUCCAUCGUCCCUUUGAUGUGGUAAAGUUGUCCUGUCCCCUUAGCAGAAAAACACCCCCAAAGCAUAAUGUUUCCACCUCCAUGUUUGACGGUGGGGAUGGUGUUCUUGGGGUCAUAGGCAGCAUUCCUCCUCCUCCAAACACGGCGAGUUGAGUUGAUGGCAAAGAGCUCGAUUUUGGUCUCAUCUGACCACAACACUUUCACCCAGUUCUCCUCUGAAUCAUUCAGAUGUUCAUUGGCAAACUUCAGACGGGCCUGUAUAUGUGCUUUCUUGAGCAGGGGGACCUAGCGGGCGCUGCAGGAUUUCAGUCCUUCACGGCGUAGUGUGUUACCAAUUGUUUUCUUGGUGACUAUGGUCCCAGCUGCCUUGAGAUCAUUGACAAGAUCCUCCCGUGUAGUUCUGGGCUGAUUCCUCACCGUUCUCAUGAUCAUUGCAACUCCACGAGUUGAGAUCUUGCAUGGAGCCCCAGGCCGAGGGAGAUUGACAGGUCUUUUGUGUUUCUUCCAUUUGCGAAUAAUCGCACCAACUGUUGUCACCUUCUCACCAAGCUGCUUGGCGAUGGUCUUGUAGCCCAUUCCAGCCUUGUGUAGGUCGACAAUCUUGUCCCUGACAUCCUUUGAGAGCUCUUUGGUCUUGGCCAUGGUGGAGAGUUUGGAAUCUGAUUGAUUGAUUGCUUCUGUGGACAGGUGUCUUUUAUACAGGUAACAAGCUGAGAUUAGGAGCACUCCCUUAAGAGUGUGCUCCUAAUCUCAGCUCGUUACCUGUAUAAAAGACACCUGGGAGCCAGAAAUCUUCCUGAUUGAGAGGGGGUCAAAUACCUAUUUCCCUCCAUUAAAAUGCAAAUCAAUUUAUAACAUUUUUGGCAUGCGUUUUUCUGGAUUUUUUUGUUGUUAUUCUGUCUCUCACUGUUCAAACAAACCUACCAUUAACAUUAUAGACUGAUAAUUUCUUUGUCAGUGGGCAAACGUACAAAAUCAGCAGGGGAUCAAAUACUUUUUUCCCUCACUGUAAGUGAAUAAAUAACUAGCUGGAUGGGUAGAAGACAGACAGAUUGACUGUUACAGAGCAGUUUAAGUGAACGUUGUUGUACUGUAUUAUAUGUAGAGUCAUGCAUGGGUCAGCUUUUUGGAGCCGGCCACAUCAAUUCCGAGCCCCACCCAAUAUCCGACAUCAGGACAGAUCUUUCUCCGCAACACGACCCACCUGCAUAGAAUUGUUCCCGAGAGCCGAUUCGUGACCUGCCAAAUAACAUCAAUUUCUUUAGUUGCUUUUAUGACUCCAGAGUAGUAAACUAUUAGGCUAUUCCCCGCAUGAAUUAAUUUGUCUGCAUGUCUAUUCAGCAUUUGGAUAAAAGGAAACCAUGCCAUGAAUUAAGAACGAUAGGCCUGUCUUCACAAUGCGAUGCGGCACAUUGACAAAUCAAAUCGCUUAGAAAAAGGGCCUUCUAAUUAGCCUUCUCACCUAAUGAAAGCCUGUAGCCGACAUAACCAAUACCUUUACAUUCAAUAUUGUUUAGAUAAUCAUAUAGUUUAAUUGAAACUUAAAUCAACAAUUCCCAGAAUCGAAUAGGCUAUAGGCUGCAAAAAUAGCCUAUUGGCUACUCAAACUUUUACCAGCCACACCGGUUCAAACUUUAUAUGGCCUGCGUAUGGUCUAAAUGAACGAAAGCCUGAAUUAAUAUAAUAUUGAACUGAUAAUUAACUGAAUUAUCGUAAAGAAAUACCUGCUGCUUGCACUUUUGCAGGCUGUGUAUCCAUCUACUGGGUUGUUGUCCUCCCUGUCCACAAUGACUCCAAAAUCCUUCCAAAUGGGGAUGUCACUCACGCAGCACCUGUUUCCACGACGGUGUAUUUCACCAUCAUAACCUUUCUUUCUAUUUCUCCUGCUACGUUAGCCAUUUUUGCGUGAGCUAGGAGUCAGGGAAAAUAAACUUGCCAACAUAUUGUCGUCUGGCAGAAGGGAACAUAAGCACUGCACGUGGACAAAUUAGGAAUGUUUCAGCACCACACAAAUAAUGGACAGUUCCCUGUUCCACUCUCACAUGCUGGUAGCCUAUGCUAUGUCUGCCUCACCGCUCACAUAAUGGAAUUUGCAACACAAUUCAACACAACAAGCUCCUGGCUUUGUAAACGUUUUAAAAUCUUAAUUUAAAACGUUUACGACCCGCAAUAUAAUUGUUCUGAACCGCGAGCCGCCCCGUGGGUAGAAAGAAUGUUUUCAUUCCACCAGCCAGCUGAUUUCUCUUUUUUACGGGUCAACCGCGGGGAACCGCGGGUAUCCGACUAGAUGCAGGACUCUACUGUAUUGUUGUUGAAGAAGGGGACAAAUAAAGGAUAUUCUAUUUUACUCCAUUCUAUUCUAGUGGGGAUGGAGCCUCCACAGCUGUCUGUGUCUGAGGAGAGACACUUGGCCAUCCUGACUGAGCUGCCCUUCGUCGUGCCCUUUGAGGAGCGAGUCAAGGUACUCCACAUCUCAGCCCUGCAUAUUGCUCCAUUUACUUGUUAUAAAACCCAAACCCUUGGGGAAUAGUUGGUACAACUAUGACUUUUCACCUCAGUUAUCAUUAUGUUACUAUAUUAGUUAUUCUAGAAGUCACAGACUUCUCUCAGAAACCAAUUGAAGAGAAAACAAGCAUUUGUUUAAAUAGUUUUCUCGUCUUUAUUUACUCUCUCCGUUAGAAAUUGUCCAUGUAGUCAAUAUAGAUGUCCUAUAAAACAGGGCUGGCUGUAGGUAGUCUGUCAUUUAAAACUGCUUGUCCCUGGUGAAGAUCUUCCAGAGACUGAUCUAUGCGGACAAGCGGGACGUCCAGGGAGACGGGCCGUUUCUGGACGGGAUCAACGUCACCAUCAGACGGAACUACAUCUACGAGGACGCCUACGACAAGCUCUCCCCAGAAAACGGUACGUGGUAAGGCUGAGGAGGGAUACGGUUUGGUGAGGAGGGAUAUGUCUCGGGCUGCGUCCCAAUAAUCUCUCCUUUCUCCCAAAGUGUGCACUUGUUCACUUCCCUUCAUGGAUUUGGAUGGAAAUUACUGGUAUAAUAAAGUAGUGAACAAGUGCACAUUUCGGGAGAAAGGAGAGAUGAUUGGGACGCAGUCUCAGUAUUUUUCUAAUAUUUGCAGUCCAUAAAAUCCAGAUAUUAUAGCUGAGGUUACAGAUCCCAUUAGAAAUGAAGGUUAGCUUUCACAUAGGUCUUGGGACUGUUGGAUUUCACUAAAGCAUAAUUGUGAUCGUGAUUAUUCGAAUGGAUCACAUAAAAGCGUGAAAUCAAUUAUUUUAAGUCACCUCUUUUUGUGUUUGAAUUUAAAAGAGCACUUUUGUUGGGCCGAAUGAUUAAAACGAGUAGUAGGAGGCCUUGCCGUCGAGGGGCUGAAAACUAUAUAAUUUAUGUGUCUUUCUAUGUCUGAAAACUAUAUAAUUUAUGUGUCUUUCUAUGUCUGAAAACGAUAUAAUUUAUGUGUCUUUCUAUGUUAUAGCUGCUCUGAUUUAUCACCGCACAUGAAUUAUGCUGAAACGUGACCUCCUUUUAUAUGCUUUGAUUUGAAUAUUCCUCAGGUCAGAGAAAUCAUGCCUUGAGAUGUGGAAAUGGGGAGAAAUAAAAACGCUAAAAUAUAUAUUUUCCUUUUUAUCCCUACACAUACUGUAGAUUAUAUGUAUAUUUCCAUGUAGACGAUGCUUCUACUUUUUUAUGAGUAGAAUACUCUGAUCUUACAAAAGAGGUGUCAGAAUAAGGGAAUUGAAUCGAACGUAUUUAUCAUUUUCUUCAUUUCUGGAAUUAAAAUAUAACAUGCCUUUUCUAUGUAUUAUAUUUCUAUAUUAUAUUUCAAUAUAUAACUUGGAUUUCCCCCCUUGUCCCAUGUAUGCAGAGGCGGACCUGAAGAAACGUAUCCGGGUGCACCUGCUCAACGCCCACGGCCUGGACGAGGCGGGCAUCGACGGCGGUGGCAUCUUCCGCGAGUUCCUCAACGAGCUGCUCAAGUCGGGCUUCAACCCCAACCAAGGGUUCUUCAAGACCACCAACGAGGGCCUGCUCUACCCCAGCCCCACCGCCCAGAUGCUGGUGGGGGACUCCUUCGCCAGACACUACUACUUCCUGGGACGGAUACUGGGGAAGGUAAAGUCAUCAAUAUACAAUUGUUAUUGUGCAUUUUAUAUGUUUUAUUGGAUAGAGGAGAGACAGUGGAAAGAUGGUGUGGGCCGGAUUGGAACCCACUAGACCACCCAGGCUGCACUGGGAAAGGUAAAGCUGUCUAUUUCCAGGUCUCUGUAAAAGUCAGUGUUCUUGUGUAGUCAAUACAGUGUAAAGUGGAGGCACUAGCUAGGUUCCAUGAACUUGUCCAGUGAUUUCUUUGUUGACAUUUAGAAAGUUUGAAUAGAAGGUAGACUGGCAAUAGAAGUUACGUUUUAGAUUUGUAUCAUUUUCAUUUAGAUCAUUUUGAUUAACCACAUGAUAUUGAUUUUGAGAUAUGAAGACCUUAUUAUAAAUGAAAUGAAACUGUUCCACGAAAAUGUGCAUAUGAAAAUCAUAACUGGCACGCAGAUCAGUAGAAAUCUUACGAUAAAUUGGCACUCCAAAUAAAUGGAAAAGGUUGCCGACCGCUGGUGUAGCCUAUUACCGGCAACUUCAAGAGCUUAAAGGCAGAAUCUGCGAAGGCCAGCAGCAGCGGGAGGGGGGUCGGGAACAGGUUUUUUUCACCUGGUUUUUAUUUUUAACCGCAGUGCUUAAAGCAUCAGACAAGCUCAGUAGCCUACAAAUAGUUGAUUUUAUUCAAACAUAGGGUGUGUCUAUAUAUGGAAAAAUACACGUUUUAACAUUUUGACCAAUCGAUUGGUCGAAAGAAUAGACGACUCUCGGUCGACAAAGAUUUGUUUUAGUCGGGGACAGCGCUAAUGGAUAGAAUGCAAGAAUUGACUAAUAUUUGCCAUUUUGGCCAUUCUAAUAAUUCUCAUGUGCCUACUUAUUGCCACGGUCUGUGACUUUACAUUACAUUUACGUCAUUUAGCAGACGCUCUUAUCCAGAGCGACUUACAGUUAGUGAAUACAUAUUUUUUUAUACUGGCCCCCCGUGGGAAUCGAACCCACAACCCUGGCGUUGCAAACGCCAUGCUCUAUCAACUAAGCUACAUCCCAUGGUGUAACUUGCACUCAUGUAGGCCUAGAGAUCUGAAACAAUUUGAUGGUGAAACUUCAAAUUGCAAUGUGAAGCAAUUCAGGCAUUCUUGAAAGUCAAGACAAUCCUUUUCUUGCAAAUAAACCAUUUUUAUUGUUGAAUAAAUGGAUAUUGCAAGCAGUAGGCAUUUAGAAUUAAAUGUGGAGUGGAGGUUAUAGUUAGGUGAUAACAUCACAGGCCUCACGUACCUUCAAAAUUAUCCAGCAAUAAUAAUCUAUUCGAAAAACACAGUUUCCAACAUUUGUCGCAAUAAAUCCACCCCAUCGAACGAGAAAAAUUUAUUUGAUCUUUGGAAAAUGUAUCCUGCAUCUGCCGUUUCCAUUACAAAUGUUUGCGACAUUGCUUUUGUUGAAUAAACCUGGGUUAAUGGAAACCUGCCUAAUGUCACAGCUGUGGUCACAGACAAUGGAAGAAUGGGAUGUUAUGCUAAAGUGCUUGCAGCAGGAAUUGACCCAUUUAGAAAUUAGCGAAGACUCACCCAAGGGUGUAGUUAUUAAAGCACGUAGGGUAUUUGUGUGUCUCUCUGUUGGCUCGAAAUUAUCACCAGGUGUCUUCAAGCAUUAACUGAAAUAACAAACACCUCUAAUGUAGUAAUUAGAUGGUAAACCAACCAAUGUGUGUAAGUAGAUGGUAGGUAAACCAACCAAUGUGUGAUGAAGUCUAAUCAGUUAAUGAGAUGUGAAAUGCAGUCAGCAUCACCACGCUCCAGUACCUCAGGGAGGGGGUUCUGGCCUGCCCUCUUGUGGUCCUUCUCUGAGGGUCACACUGUCUCCCAGACACCAGCAGAUCAUCUGGGAUUGAUCAGAGAUCACUACCAAUGAGGCAGCCUAGUCUCUGACAUUGAAUAACAGAGGUACAGUACAGGGACAAGGCUGAUUCAUUAUAAAAUCUAAUGGUUGUUAGUAUUUGAACUUGACUUCAUAUCGAACAAAGGUGUUUGUUGUAUAAAAUGUUGUCCAAGAAAGUGACCAGUUUGAAUGGAAUAAGCCAUAAAACCUUAACCCGAUUCUUGUACAAGGUAGAGUUUGGUUUAUUAACCCUACAUGUGAUCUGGUGGUGGCUUUGUUUUCCCUUCUCCCCUCCCUGAUCGCACAGUUUAUUAGAGCCUAAUGUUUUGAAAUGUUCUUUAAUACAUGUGCCGACUGAUUGUUUAUCGAGAUGCUGUGAGAGUGUGUGUGUGUGUGUGUGUGUGUGUGAUUGUGUGCGUGUCGGGGAGGGGUCAUCUCAUUCUCAACGGGAGAAGAAUGACCUCAUGACAACCGGCCUCCUCUCAAUAAGGCCUUCCAUUAGCCGAUGAUUCCUGCCUCGUUGUUUGUGGAGCGAUUGCAUUUGGCCGGGCGCUAAAUCAGCGCUAGCCCCCGCCGACAGGGACAUAAAUAAGCAGUCAAAGCAUGUGGUAAUAGCAUUUUGAUCUGUUUUACAGUCCGGAGCAGCUAAAGUCCUCUCUCUCGCUUUCAAGAUGUUCCAGUCCACUCAUCAGAGCACCAUAACGCCUCCUGGGCUUUGCCCCAAAUGGCACCCUAUUCCCUUUAAUAGUGCACUAAUUUUGACCAGUCGUAUGGGCCCUUGUCAAAAGUAGUGCACUACAUAGGGAAUAGGGUGCCACUUGGGACAUAACCCUGGUCUCUCUCCGUAGUCAUCCCACUAUGAAAUGGCCAGUCAGCUGCUAGCAGCGCGCUCGGCUCCCCCCUCACUACAGCUAAUGGCUCAGGAAAUAAAGGUGGGGGAAAUUAAUUAGAAUUUGACUUUCAAUUAACCCUACCUAAAGUUCCCUCUUUCUCCAUAAAUACGGGCUUGUGAGUGCUCGUUUGAGUGGUGUAUUGAUAUUUGUUUAGUGCUGGCGUUGAACCGGGAGGAAAGAGGGAACUGUUAUAGAUUAGGAUUGCAUCACUGCUGCGCUGAGAUGCGUGGUACACGGUACACACGCUAAGGCCUAUGGGACACAGGAGAUUAAUAUAGUUAAUUAAUGGCCUCCCGGCCUGCCAUUGUUGUGGAGGUGAUGGAUUAUCGUCAGGAGUGGGCCUGUUUGGGGUACUCACUGAAAUGGGAUUGGACAUCACAAUAUGGGCUGUCGGUCAUCCCUCUUCCUCACUUGUCCUCCCAGCUGACAUGUAUAAGGGUUGACUCCACAACCAGAAACCACGUAACACUGAGCAUAAAAGCAUAUUGAAUUCUCAUAGCCUUCAGUAUUGUAUCUCUCUAGCAUCUGGAGUCCAAGCCAAGGUUGCUGGUCUCUCACCGUUCUCUCUGGCGUCUAAAAGCAACCUUGCAAUGUCCACCAAAAAAAAGGCGAAUCACCUCAAGUUAACGUCAAACCAAAUAAUUGAGUUGAUUUUAGUUGAUUUGGCCAUGAAAGAAAAAAAAUGCACAGUUGCUAAAGCUUGGCUAGCGUUAGUUUGUAGUGGCUGUUAAAAAAACGAAUGAAUUACAGUUACUCAUGGCACAUAGACUGAUUUCAGGGUGAGGAACCAUCCAAGUUCUUACAAGUUGUAAAAUACUGAAUUUACCCUUUAAGCUGCUGUGCCGGCAGGGUGCUGUUUUCGUAGCCUCCCUCUCUUUUGUUGGGCUAUUAAAGAGAGCGGUCUCCUGUUGCCAGUCUCACAGCCCCACAUCACUGUCACCGUCCAGUAACCUUCAGUAGGACGGGUGGAUCAGACCGGCCCCCUCCUCUCCACGCCUCACCCCUUACUCACCCCAUCCAUCCAUCCAUCUGGGACACCCACUCAUGAUAGUACACUGCACCCAAAAGCCCUGUAUUGUUAGGCCUGACCUGCCAUCCAAACUCUCUCAGGGUGGCUGAAGUUUUGUGUUUGGUUUCUCCCCGUCCUCCCCAGUGCCUUUCCUCAUUGAUCUACCCGGUCGGACUAAAAGUUCCCUUUCAGAGGUGCGCGGGUUGCACCCCUGAUUGAUAGUGAUGCGUUUGAAAGGCAUAUUUUGAUUGAUUCUUAAUGUUGUAAAUUAAGGGAUUUACUUGGCAGCUAACAGCAGGCAACCUGCAAUGUUGUUGGGCGUUUAUUCUCCCUGAUGGCGCCGCGAUCUGCUUUAAUUGCGUUGCCACUGCACUCACUUAUAUUAAAAGGGAAUGGGCCAUAAUUAAUCCCUUUUAUCCCGAGUCAUUUUGGCACCAUUUCUGGCAAUAAACACCCAUAAAUAAAGCGGCCGUAAAAAAUAAAUAAUAUGCCACAGGUUUUUUUUUACUCUUCCCCCAUGUAGGCCUACUUAUUGCCACCUCUAACUGGCACUGUGUUAUUGAUAGGUUUCAAGGGGGCACGCGGCGCAUAUGGUCGGGGAAGUCGUAGAGACUCCCUGGGAAAUGCUAAGUGGAUUAUUUUGCAUAGAAAAUAGACUGUGUUUUGAAGUUGUGCAAUUAACCUGUGUUUAGAAAAUAGCCAGUGAUUUAUGCCUGCCUGUGUGUUUUUGAGAUGCAUGCAUUAUGGAAAUGGCCUAGAUUUAUAAUCCAUUUAGCUGAUGUGGUCAGGAUUUUUAGUGCAAUCAUUUAUAAGGAGCUGUAUAUUUAACGCUUGGAACGGGCUCUUUUUAGGACUAUCCCAGUACAUUAGAUCCCGGUUUUAUGAGUCAACUGCUUGGCCAUGGUUCUUAAUGGCAGCCCAGUUCAAGGAUAGAAUUGACAUUUAUAAAGUUUGCGGCCGGUAGAUUUGAAGGCCUGUGUGUUUUAGACAGAUUGUGUUCUUGCUUUGCGCUCUUGCGCCGACGUGAACUGAUUUACUAUGUUAUCGCUUUCAUAUCCGAUGUUCCGGUCGCUCUUGGGUUAAUGCGUUGCGUAAAGGUUUUUAAUUGAAAACAGCGAAGAUGGCUCUCUCAUCGUUUUUCAUUGUUGUUAUUGAUUCUUCUGUUCACUGUUCUGUCACUGGUUGUUCUGUUAGUCUGAUUUGUAUGACAUUAUCAUGACCUCAUUUUUAUCAUAAGAAAUAAUAUAAUAUAUGCCAUUUAGCAGACGCUUUUAUCCAAAAACGACUUUGAGUCAUCCGCGCAUAUAUUUUCGUAUGGGUGGCCCCAGCUGGAAUCGAACCCAUGGUCCUGGUGUUGGAUGUACCAUUCUCUACCAACUGAGUCACAUCAUGUUAUCAUGACCUUUGACCUGAGUUAAUGUAUGACCUCGACCUUUGUUUCCUGUCUCCCUAUAGGCCCUGUAUGAGAACAUGCUGGUGGAGCUGCCAUUUGCCAGUUUCUUCCUAUCCAAGCUGCUGGGCACCAGUGCCGAUGUGGACAUCCACCACCUGGCCUCGCUGGACCCUGAGAUGUACCGCAACCUGCUCUUCCUCAAGAGCUACGAGGACGACGUGGAGGACCUGGGACUCAACUUCACCAUUGUCAACAACGACCUGGGAGAGGCACAGGUGUGUGAGUGGGUGGGUGGGUGGGUGGGUAUCUGUGUGUGUUUUGGGGGGGGGGGGGGGGAAUUAUUCACUGCUUUUACGUGUACACUACCACUCUGUCUCUCCCACUCUUUGUCAGUAUUAUUCUCUCUCUCCAUCGUCUCUCUCUUUGAUUGCCAGUGCCUCUAUCCCUCAUUCUGUGCCUGUCUCUCUGGCCUUGUCAUUCUGUCCCUCUCUCCAUUCCCUUUGUCCUUUUCUCUCCUCCUUGUUGGUCUCUAGCUGCCACCCUCCCCGCUCCCUCACUCUCUCUAUACGCUCUCUGUGUGAGGUGUUAAUAAUUCAUUUCCCUCACAUUGUCUGUAUUUGGAGCUGAGAGAGAUAAAGCACGUCGCCCGCUCUCGUCCUGACUGCUGCCGUGCCGCGGGGAAUAGAAGGCUCUAUGUUGACCAUUCCACCAAGCGGGCCUUCAAGCAAUUAUCUCGGAACACGCCUGAGAGGCGCGACUUUCGCCUCUUUAGCACGUCCACCAUGUCUGAGCCUGGCUGAUUUGACAGAGAGCGGGCCUAUUCACUGCCCUCUUGUCCCCCUCACCAGUCACCCUGGGCUGGGUUAAGCACUCUACCCACUCCGACUGUUUGCUCAGGGCCUUAGCAUUUCUUAUUAGCUCCUCUUUAAACAGGCUUGAACAGUGUCGCUACAAUGGAGCCCGCGUUUGCAAAUACGGCAUUGCAAAUACAAUACUGAAAACAAUUUGCGGGAGAUUAGGCACACACUCGGAGGCAGACUGGCCCAUAUAUGCCCUCGGGAGAUAGUCAAAGCAAGCAAGAUAAAGACAAUCAUUCUCAUGCAAUAAGGUGAAGAGUCAAUAUGACCUGGAAUCGCGUAACGUUACGGAUUCAGAAUGACCUGUUGAAAACAUUGUCGAUUCAAUCAUUUUCUGUAGUGCGUUUUGACUGAAAUGUUGUUAAAUUUAAAGGUACUAUAGAUACUUCCCAGAAAUAAACCCCUUCUUUAGAAGGUAUCGUACAAUAAGAGCAAGCUGCCUAUAGCUGACUAUUAACCCUUUUGUGGUUGGCUACUUAAUUUACUCAUUAACCGAUUUUGUAGGGCAAACAUUUUGCGGGGGGACAUGCCCCCUCACCCCCUUAGCUGGCUACUUUUUUCAAUAAGGUGAAUAAUUAAGAUUUUCAGGAACACAAUGAUUUGAAGAGUAUCAUAAAUUCCUAAAUGAUCUGGAUUAUUUCACUGUGAUUAUUUGGUAUGUGUCCUAACUCCUCCAAGACCAUUCAAUCAACAUACAAACUACUCCAGGAAGGAGAUGGAUCAGGAUUUGUGACCCAAAGCUCAACAAACCAUAGCUGAUGAAACAGGCUGGUGGAAGAAUCUUGUGCCAAACUUUUAAUGGACCAGCAGCUGUUCAUGGAUCAUACCAAAGUCAGGAACACAGAACUGGUCCUUAUCCCCUGUGCACUGUCCCAUCUAAGGCCUGCCAAACCCACCCCUGGGUCCCAUAGCCUGAUCAGUGAUUUCUCCCCUUGCUCCACUGGUACCCUCAAAACAAGCUCUCUGGGCCUAAAGAGCUUGUCUUAUGUACAGCAGUGUUGGUAGUAUGCCUCCAAUGAUACGGUAAUAUUAGAUGCUCCAAUACCAAAUUUCUACUUUGCAUUUUGCGUGCUACUUGAGUGACACUCUAUGUUUAAAAAAUGGAGAAAGUAAUACCCUCAGUAAAAUGUGUUGAGGGUGACAUGUGCCCUCUCUCUCUCCUGGUUGCCUUCUACGUGGCUAUGUGAUUAAUGUCUGACGGGUUCUUUCUACCAGGUGGUUGAGCUGAAGCCGGGAGGGAAGGACAUCCCUGUGUCCACGGCCAACAGGAUAGCAUACAUCCAUUUAGUGGCAGAUUACCGACUCAACAAACAGAUCAGGCCCCACUGCCUGGCCUUCAGACAGGGCCUGGCCAACGUGGUAAACCUGGAGUGGCUGCGCAUGUUUGACCAGCAAGAGAUCCAGGUAACAUGUCAUGGAUUUUCACUAGGUUUGCAAAAUUCCGGCAACUUUCCCAGGAUUUUGCAACUCUAUUCACAUUACUUACACAAACAUGCACACAUAAAGAUACAUUCCUAAUUAUUCUUCACCUAUCUUUGCUUUCCCACUACAGGUGUUGAUAUCUGGAGCUCAUGUGCCCAUUUGUCUUGACGACCUGAAGACCUUUACAAACUACUCCGGUAUGAUCGCAUUAUGGAUGGUUUAUAGAAGUUUAUUGUAAGAAACAAAACUACUUAGGCUCUGUCAUAAUGGUGAAAAUGAUAUCAAAGUGAUACUCAGUUACUAGUAGUAGGAGUAACUACUUUUGGCAUUUAAUGCGUUGUACAGUCAGGAGGAUUUCCAUAGAGCUAACUGUCAAGCUUUCCUGCCAACUUCAUGGGCCAGGUGGCCUAGUCAUGGCAUACGGUUGCGCUAAAGAUUAAUGUGUGGUUGAAUGGCAUGUGUGCUGGUCGAGAUGGUAUGACUGGCAUCAUGAGUCUAUAACAGCACAAACAAUGACUAUUGAAUGUGACAACUACUUCUGUCUGACAGCGGAUUCACUCGGUUUACAGGUGUUUUUUAAACUAAAACCCAAGUGUGUCAUAUUGUCCUUUCUGUCUCGGUCUUCUCCAGGUGGUUACACUGCCACCCACCCUGUCAUUACCAUCUUCUGGGAGGUGGUGGAGAGCUUCACCGAUGAAGAGAAACGCAAGCUGCUCAAGUUUGUCACCAGUUGCUCGCGGCCUCCUCUCCUGGGCUUCAAGGUGAGGGUUCAAAGUUCACUACGUCAGUUGGUUCCUUUUCUUUUCUACCCUCCGUCUGGUAUUGUUGAUUGUAGCCGGUGUUUAACCAAACACUCAGGGAGUAUCAAAUGGCACCCUAUUCCCUAUCUAGUGCACACAUUGACCAAAAGUAGUGCACUAUAUAGGGAGCCAUUUGGGAUGCAGCCCCCAAGACAAAUUUCAGCACUAUGGAGUGUUCACUGUUCUAAUGGGCAUGUCAUGAAAAUACCUGUCCCGAUAACACCCUCUGAUGAUCAUUUUGAAAUUGGGCUUAGUGAUAAGACUCCUAAGGCUGCCUGGUUCUUGCUUAUCUUCUCCUGCGCUGCGGUUCACAACCCUUCUCUGGAUUAUUAGUCAAUUUGAGGCCCUUUGCCCGACCGUUGGGUGUGGGCUCGGUCGGCAGGCAUCACCCACCGGACAAAUAUUGUCAUUGGUUUCAGACUAAGCCGGUGGCACGGUGAACCUUUGCACUGUUGGCUCCUGUUUAACCUCAUGAGUAGUAGGGAAGUUAGUUUCACAUUAUUCAUAAUUAAUUCCUCUUUUAGGUCAUUCGACCUCUUUAGUUGGGCACAGGGUAUAACCCCAGAAUGAAUAUACUAGUUUUUAAUAGCCGCCCCCAAAAACUAGCACCAAAACAUUGCUGCAACAUCAUCAAACUGUUUGUUUCCAAAAUGACUUCAGCCAAGAACUGAAAUGAUGGAAUUGCGUUUAUCGGAAUUACCAUUAUUGUGACUUCAGCUGACGAUUCCUCCAAUCGAGAGCCAUUUCACUUACCUAAUGACUUGAUUUAUAGGGACACUAAAAUGGUUGGAAAUAGAAAAGAGAGCACUGCUGAAAUCCAUUAGGACUUUUAUAUGCCUUACUUAGGAUAACCAGAAGCUGUAAUUGUCAUAUGAUUGGUUUUACUACUGUUUGUUGCCGUCGUUAGUUAAGAAUACUUAAGUACUCCCACAACGGGGAGAGAGAGGAGGGUACGGAUGGGAACACACCCAAAAAUCUCCCUCGGUGGCUUAGGCAGGAGGGCUGGAGAGCUCCCCCGUUUAAUGAAUUUGACUUUGGGGAGUGUGUGAAUGUGGUGUCCUUGCCUUUCCCUGUCUCCUCCUCCCUGGGCCCGGAGAGGAGGCGAUGAUGGUGAUUGGUAGGGCGGGGCGGGGAGUGGCCCCUAACCCUAACCCUGGGCCCAUGCCAGCCCAGCUUUAAUUAGCUGCCGUAAAUGUCCAAGGAUUCAUUAGCAGUGAAAUAGCUGUCAGGAGAAGCAUUUUAAAAAAAAGAUGAUCGAUAGCCUUUUUUCCCAGAAUUAUCGUUCCCAUAAUGACACUUUCUCAAUAAGCAACGAUAGUUUAAUACUAUAAUUGUCCGAAAAAUGGUGUCGUUACUGCCGAGCCCCCCGGGAACCAUUUAACCGGGAAAGGUACAGGCGCUGAACCCCACGCCACACUUCUAAUCUUUAAAUAGCUAUAGAGCGGCUGGACGUUAGAAAGAGAAAGGAUGAUUCCUGUGGAUUCUGAUGGAAACCGUCAAUGGGUAUGCUCCAAAUGGCACCUAUUCCCUAUAUAGUGCACUACUUUUGACCAGGGACCCAUAGGGUGGGGCACUAUAUAGGGAAUAGGGUACCGUUUGGGACCUAGCAGUGUCUUGGCCUUGAUGAUGUGGGUGGAGAUGAGGUGUCCUGGCCUCAUCACCAGAAAGAGUAAUUUUAUAAAGUGCCAGAUAGACAACAUGAAAUGACCAUUCUCUGCUCUUGCUCUGCAUCCAAGUGUCACACUCGGUCUCCUUUCAAACAUCACAGCCUAUUUUAAUAGUAUAUCCACGCUUUUUUCACGGCUUAUCACAUUUAUAUCCUGAUGUUGCUCGAUCACUAGUGUUGUGCCAAAUGCGUUGUAAAUCAGUUGUGUGAAUUGAAUGUAUACAGGGCCUCCAUGGCCUUCUGAAUCUCUAGUUUGACACGGUUCUCCCCCCACCCCCCAUCCCCACCCGGGUUUCUAGGAACUGUACCCAGCCUUCUGCAUCCAUAAUGGGGGGAACGACCUAGAGCGCCUGCCCACGGCCUCAACCUGCAUGAACCUGCUUAAGCUGCCCGAGUUCUGCGACCAGCACCUGAUGAGGAACAAGCUGCUGUACGCCAUUGAAUCCUCCGCAGGCUUCGAGCUCAGCUGAGGGGGGAUGUCUGUCUGUCUCUUACUCCCUGCAACCACUGAUUCAAUGGACAUGGACGGGCCAGAGAAGACUGUCUGUUGAGAGAGAGAGCGAACAUGAUGAACUGAUAUCUGUUUGACUGUGUGUAGAACAGAAACAGGGGUGACGGGAUUGUCACCCAAGACUGAAGAGCGGGACGAAGGAAGAAUGGAGGGGGAGGGAAAAGCGCAGAAUGUUUUGGUUUUAAAAUUACUUAAAUGUGUAUUCAAAAUCAUCAAAAUCCCAAAAAAGAGCAGCAACAAUAGAAUCUCGAGGCUGUUUUUUAAAGACUUUGUGCAAAAGAAACAGACAAGAUCUACUGCGAGUGUGUCCAUGACCCUUCAGCAGAGUGCAUUGUGAAAUAAACAACCGAAAUAAACGACCGUGUUCACCAAAGAUUGAACAGUGCUGUGCUGUCUGAGGAUGCGAGAGGAACAGGUAAUAAGAGGACAGAGGUGGGAGAUUGGGUGACACACAGGACUGCAGCACUCCUUACACCUCGAUCUUAAGGGCUUUGAGAGGGCCAGCUUGGCUGAUAGGGACCUGUCCCAAAUGGCAUCCUAUGGCCCUGGCCAAAAGUAGUGUACUAUAAAUGCACUAGGGUGCCAUUUGGGACACAUUUCCAACUAGAGGUAAUAUAAACUCACAUAGUUUUGUGAUUACUGUAAUGAUUAUUAUUAAUAGUAAUUUUUAUAACAUGCAAAUGCUUUGGGCAGGCAACUGUGUGGUUUUCAAGGCAAAGAGACAAGUAUUGUUGAUAAGAGAUUGGACUAUUGAUUAUGCUGAUUAUGGAAUAUUUGUGAAUAUGUAUAUGUGUUUACACCACUCUUGUAGGAUUCCUUUACUCAGUAUUUGUACAGGUUGCUUUUCUUGUGUUUCGAAUGAAGGCCUCAUGUUCUCACACACACAUUUAAGUGAACCAUCUAUUCUACAGUAUGUGCCCUGGCUGCAGUGAGUAUCCACCUAUGGAGCAACAGCUGUGUAUGCGUGCCAAAUGGCACCCUAUUCCCUA